AUGCUGUAUAAGUUAAGGCAUAAGGCUUUAGGCAUGCUAGCUAAUUAUAAAGCUGCCCUGCGUCUUAAUGCGCAGGUCUAUCUUAAAGCUAAAGCUGUUAAUAAUAAGGAUAAGGCUAUUAAUAUAGUAAAGAGGCGCGCUAGCAAGGCUAAUUAUAAAGCCGCCCUGCAUCUUAAUACACAGGACUUUAUAACUAUUAGCAGUAGGUUAAGGCAUAAGUUAAGGCAGGAAUUUUAUAGCUUAAGUAUUAUAAUAAUAUUUAUUAUAAACUUAGUAGAUUCUAGUAUAUUAAGCUUUUACUUAGUCUUAACUUAUUUUAGGCCUGGUUUACUAAACUAUAGCAGUACCUAA